CGAUAUGCACCUGAUCCGGAAAAUCCAGGUCCUGAGAAUCCAUUGACGCCUCCUUCCCCUACCCACUAUCUCCUCCGCUAUUUUCUGUUAUAAUAUAUUCCUCAUCUCAAUCCAAUCUAAUCCAUUUCGCUAAUCUUUUUCUCUCUCCUUUCUUCACUACUCAGUUAGAUCUUUCUAUGCAUCCUUUUCCGAUGAUCCCCGUCAGAAUCUCAAACAUCGGAGCUCCGAUCAACCACCACAACCACCGGAUAUGUUCAAUCCAUUUCUGGUAACUCACGUCCGCUCGCAAAUCUGUCUUCGCAAACGGAAAAAAAAGUUAUUGAUAGUAGAUCCAAUCAACCCACAUAGAUAUAUAAUCAAACGGAUAACUUUCAUAGCAUACUCCCAAUUCUGGGAUCCGGGUUCUUGUUCUUUGGUGUUGGUCAACGGCCUGGUUUGGGGUUUGAUCUUAUUAGUUCUAGUAGCUGAAUAUCUGAUUUGAUUGAUUAAGAAGACUAGUAGCUUAGUUGAUAGUAGAAAUUACUGAAUAGGAUUUUUAGUGAUAUUGUAAUCGGGAUCGGACGAAGUGCGAGAAAGUGGCGAAGAUGAGUUUGGGAGUGGCGGAGGAUGAUUCCAGGACGGAAAUUCAUCUCCCAGCUGACAUUGAUUGGGAAAUGCUCGAUAAAUCCAAGUUUUUCUUCCUCGGCGCCGCCUUGUUUUCUGGCGUUUCCGGUACGUUGUACCCGACGGUGGUGUUGAAAACACGGCAGCAGGUGGUUGUGAAAGACACCCCUUGCUUCAAAAUGGCGAUCUCGAUUCUCCGACACGAUGGUUUGAGGGGUUUUUAUAGAGGAUUUGGAACGUCGUUAAUGGGUACUAUUCCGGCAAGAGCUCUUUACAUGGGUGCGCUGGAAAUGACAAAGAGCAGCGUUGGUUGUGCGACGGUGAAGAUGGGUUUUACAGAGGCCAAAGCGGCGGCGAUUGCAAAUGCUGCGGCUGGAGUAACCGCAGCCAUGGCUGCACAAUUAGUUUGGACACCAAUCGAUGUCGUGAGCCAGAGAUUAAUGGUUCAAGGUGGUAAAUCGCUGAAUACAACCGCCAUGACUGGUUUCAAAUACACCGGCGGCAUUGACGCGUUCCGGAAAAUCAUCCAUCAUGACGGCGUUCGAGGGUUAUACAGAGGAUUUGGGAUUUCAAUCUUGACAUACGCGCCGUCAAAUGCAGUGUGGUGGGCGUCUUACUCCAUGGCCCACCGCUCGAUUUGGGAUGGGAUUGGUAAUCAUUUGAAAAGAGACGGAAACGGUGGUGGUGGAGGAGGGGUUGGGUUUACGCCGGAUUCGAAGGCGGUAGUGGCGGUGCAGGCGGCGAGCGCCGCCGUGGCAAGUGGCGUUUCGGCGUUGGUUACGAUGCCUUUGGAUACAAUUAAAACGAGACUUCAAGUUUUAGACGACGGAUGUAAUGGGAAGCCGGGAAUAGGGCCGACGUUGAGGAAAUUGAUGACGGAAGGUGGAUUGAGUGCGUGUUACAGAGGAUUGGGGCCGAGAUGGAUUUCGAUGUCGAUGUCUGCAACUACAAUGAUUACCACCUAUGAAUUUCUCAAGAAAUUGUCUACUAAAAAUCAAGAUUCUUGUGGUUCCCUUCAAUGAAAUUGACAACUUACUUUCUUAAGGAUUAAUGUUGUAUCAUCAAAUUUAUUAUGAUUUUUUUUUUUAUAUUAAGAAAAGUAUGUGAUGGGAGAAGCAUUCUUUCUUUAUAGAGAAAAAAAAAAGUUAAAGUUUGGUAAUAAUAAUGUUAUAUGAUCCUUGUGAAGCAAAGUUGGUAACUAAUAUAGUGAAGUUAAGAAGUGUA